CCAAACUACCUCCGCUUUCCCUCCGCGAAGAGCUCUAGAGUAGUCGCCGAAGCUGCGGCGGCGCAUGCGCGCGACAGGCGCGCCAGCAAAUGGCACUAUUCCGGGAGAUGCUGCCGCUGACCGGGUUCUGGCUCCGGUGGCGGCGACCUUCGGUGGCGGGGGUCCCGGGGAAGAACCUUGGUGUCCGAAAGGUCGCCUCUGGCGUCUCUCCCCCGGGCAGCGCCUCGCCCAGAGCUCUAAAUAUCUUCGAUCGGGAUUUGAAGAGGAAACAGAAGAACUGGGCGGCCCGGCAGCCCGAGCCUAUGAAGUUUGAGUACCUGAAGGAAGAGGUUGGAAGUCGGAUUGCGGACCGUGUAUAUGACAUAGCCAGAGAUUUUCCCCUUGCUUUGGAUGUUGGUUGUGGAAGAGGUUACAUAGCACAAAAUUUGAAUAAGGAAACAGUUGGAAAGUUUUUCCAAGCGGACAUAGCAGAAAAUGCUUUGAAAAAUACCUUAGAAACGGAAAUUCCUACUGUCACUGUUUUAGCUGAUGAAGAAUUCCUUCCUUUCAGAGAAAAUACAUUUGACCUGGUGGUUAGCAGUUUAAGUUUGCACUGGGUGAAUGACCUUCCUCGAGCACUUGAACAGAUUCAUUAUGUUUUAAAACCAGAUGGAGUUUUUAUUGGUGCGAUGUUUGGAGGCGACACCCUCUAUGAACUUCGGUGUUCAUUACAGUUAGCAGAAACGGAAAGGGAAGGAGGAUUUUCUCCACACAUUUCUCCUUUCACUGCUGUCAAUGACCUGGGACAUCUGCUCGGGAGAGCUGGCUUUAAUACACUGACUGUGGACACUGAUGAAAUUCAAGUUAACUAUCCUGGAAUGUUUGAAUUGAUGGAAGAUUUACAAGGAAUGGGUGAGAGUAACUGUGCCUGGAAUAGAAAAGCUCUCCUGCACCGAGACACGAUGCUGGCGGCUGCGGCGGUGUACCAAGAAAUGUACAGAAAUGAGGAUGGUUCGGUGCCUGCCACAUAUCAGAUCUAUUACAUGAUAGGAUGGAAAUACCAUGAUUCACAGGCAAGACCAGCUGAAAGAGGUUCUGCAACUGUGUCAUUUGGAGAGCUCGGAAAAAUAAACAAUCUUAUAUCACAGGGGGAAAAGUCACAAUAAAUACUCUAUUCAAUGUUAA